UAGGAUUCAGCGUAGUAAAUCUCCAAAACAAAGAUCAGCAGUGUAACUGCGAAAAAGAACAACCUUAACAAACCCAACAAUGGGAGCACGAAAGAGACUCUCUUCUUCUGAACCUUCUUCGUCUGUGGUGAAGGAAGACACACAGAACAAACCCCAAGAAAAACCGAACCUUGCAGACCCUCCAAUUGCGCCUCCCAAAUGGGGUCUUCUUCUGAAGCUCUCUCUCCUGGUGAUUCCUUACUUGUACCUUCUCUUUUACUACUACCCCAUCGAACCAGAACUCCGGAGAUCGAUCCUCAUAAAUGCCGGAAUGAGCCUUGCGGGGUUGUUCGUGACGAUCAAGGUGAUUCCCGUCGCGUCCAGAUACGUUCAGAAGAGAAAUCUCUUUGGCUAUGAUAUCAACAAGAAGGGCACCCCUCAGGGAAAUGUCAAAGUGCCUGAGUCGUUAGGCAUAGUUGUUGGUAUUGUCUUCUUGGUGGUGGCAAUCUUGUUUCAAUAUUUUAACUUCACAGCAGAUUCAAACUGGCUUGUUGAAUAUAAUGCAGCAUUAGCAUGCAUCUGUUUCAUGACAUUACUGGGUUUUGUCGACGAUGUCCUUGAUGUCCCUUGGAGGGUAAAAUUACUACUCCCAUCAAUUGCUGCACUUCCUCUGUUAAUGGCAUAUGCUGGACACACAACUAUAGUUAUACCAAAGCCACUUGUUGCACACAUUGGGAUAGAGAUUUUGGAUCUUGGAUGGAUAUAUAAACUUUAUAUGGGGCUGUUGGCUGUUUUCUGCACAAAUUCUAUCAAUAUACAUGCUGGAUUAAAUGGCCUAGAAGUUGGGCAGACGGUGGUUAUUGCAUCAGCUAUCCUGAUACACAACAUUAUGCAAAUUGGAGCAUCAACAGAUCCUGAAUAUAAGCAAGCACAUGCAUUCUCUAUUUACUUAGUUCAGCCUUUGCUUGCUACAUCUUUGGGCUUACUUUCUUACAACUGGUAUCCCUCUUCAGUUUUUGUUGGAGAUACAUUUACAUACUUUGCGGGGAUGACUAUGGCCGUGAUUGGUAUUUUAGGCCAUUUUAGUGAAACUCUGUUGAUUUUCUUCCUACCCCAAGUUUUGAACUUUCUCUUGUCACUUCCCCAGCUUUCUGGCUAUAUUCCGUGUCCACGUCAUCGUCUGCCAAGGUUUGACCCUCAAACUGGACUACUCACUGGGACAAAUGAUGGGACACUCGUUAACUUCUUCCUAAGAAAUUUAGGCCGCAAAUCUGAAAAGGCAAUUUGUAUUUAUCUUCUUGCUUUCCAGGCUAUAGCGUGCUGUUUCUGUUUCUUGCUAAGGCAUUUCCUUGCUGGUUGGUACAAAUGAAAGCCCGAAGUGGAUACUAAAAAAGACAUGGAUGAAAACCACGUGAUAGACUGAUUUUGUUGUAUAACCAUUUUUGUAGAAAAAUUUAGUGAGAAUAGGCAUAUAGAUUUUGGUGAACGAAUUUCUUUCAUUAUCUGAAUGUUGUGUACUAAUGUCAACUUACAGAAAUAUACCAUUUCAUUUUUUUUUUUUUCUGGAGACAUUGGAUAGCUUAACAUUUUCGUUUACAAUCCUUUAACAAGAUCAUUUAUAACAA